AUUUAAUCCAAUCGAAUUUGGUCACUAGGCCUGCCUUCUUACGACAUGGGUUUGCAAUGGGAGCAGCAGCGUCAGGAUAGGAUGCAAGUGUUGGCCGGACAUGGAGAUAGGCAGAGGCGGGGCUGAUCCGAGAGGAGGCUUCAUGUCACCUGAACGCAUCAUGUCUCGGCUGAUAGGUGAGUGCAAAGCUCCCUAACCCUCAACGUGUUUUCUACACAGAAGGUAACUAUUCCAUCGAUCUUUAUUUUCAUGUUGGCAUUAUGAGAAGUAACCAAAACAUGUCUGGGACAAUUGUUGCAAUGGUUAUCGUGAAUUCAUAUAACAUUUUAAAUCGUAGGCCUAUAUUGUCCAAUCAAAAGGAUCAAUAGGAUAUUUUUUCUUUAAAUUAAAUGAUAGAAUGUUUAUCUGGAUUGCUUAUUUUUGACCAUCUGUCAAAUAAAAUAGAACAAAAGACUACAUCAAAAUCGGUAUUGUUCAAGAUACAGUAUGAUUAUUAACCUAUUAUUACCACUCAAAUGUUUUUGCAACUUCCUUAUACCUCAUAAACAGAAAUUAAGCCAAUGAUUAUUCUAUCAUUUAAUCUGUAAAAAAAAUUCUACAUAUCACGUUUAGUCUAAAAAGUUGGUAAAUAAAAGUAUAAAAUAUCAUGCACAAAAUACUAAGAUAUACUGAAGUAUAAGUAGUAAUACCACAUUUAAAAACGACUUAAUUACAAGUAAAGUCCUGCAUCUAAAAGUAGUCUAAAAGAUUAUUAGCAUCAUAAUUUAUUUUAAAUAGGGCAAAGUUGCUGUUCUUGACAAAUCAAAAUGUGUUUUACAAUGUAAACAUGACAGGAAGAAGACCAAAGAUAAUUUUCAUUAACCUCCUAAAUUGCACUUCUAUAUUCAGAACAGCAUCUCUCUUUCUGGUGAUAUAAUCAACUGUUUUAAACCUUUCUGUGAAAUAAUCAUUUAGUUCACAAAGUCCAAACUGAGUCAAACUCUCAAGUAUGUUGGGCCAGAUUUAAGUAGAAAGAAAAUGCUAUUUAUUUAUUAAAGUCAGGAUUUUGUUAAUGUUGGAUGUGUGCUUGCAAUACCUCUCCUAUCUCCAUACAGGUGAUCCAUGCAGUACAUUUUAAGUACAUGUUUUCGAAGAAGUUUCUACCCUUUGCCCAGUUCAAGCAAACGUUAUAAAAGCAGAUAUCAGUCAGGGUCAAAUGUCUGCCAGUCGUCACAUGUCAUCUGCAAAUGGAGAACAGGGUUGUCUUAAAGGUCAGCUUGAAUCUCACCAUGAGAGUGGGAUUGGAAGUCAUUUUGAGCCGGACUACAGAGACAAAUCUGCUGACAAGUGGAACUGGAUCAGGCCUGAUGUGCCCAGCAGAUGUACCUGGAGCCUGGAUACACUCAUUUCAGAGUCUCCACACAGCCUCCAAGCACGCAUGGAGCCCCCCAGCAUCCUCCCCAACAUCCUUGGAAAAAUUGGAGACACACCUCUGGUUCGUUUGAACAGAAUCCCUAAAGAGUUUGGACUCAAGUGUGAUAUUUUAGCCAAGUGCGAGUUCUUCAACGCAGGUGGCAGCGUGAAAGAUAGGAUCGCCGUGCGGAUGGUGGAAGACGCUGAGCGAGCCGGGAUCCUCAAACCAGGAGAUACAAUCAUCGAGCCCACCUCUGGCAACACAGGUCUCGGCCUCGCCCUCACAGCUGCAGUGAAAGGCUAUCGCUGCAUCAUAACCAUGCCUGAGAGGAUGAGCAUGGAGAAGGAGGAUGUGCUGAGAGCUCUCGGGGCAGAAGUAGUGCGCACACCUUCUGCUGCUGCCUUCGACUCCCCAGAGUCUCACAUAAUCAUGGCAUGGCGUCUGAAGAGCCAGAUACCCAACUCACACAUCCUGGACCAAUAUCGUAAUGCCAGCAAUCCUCUGGCUCACUACGACACCACAGCUGAAGAGAUACUGGAGCAGUGUGGUGGGAAAUUGGACAUGUUGGUGGCAGGAGUUGGCACAGGCGGGACACUAACUGGUGUUGCUCGGAAGUUGAAGGAGAGGUGCCCCAAUGUCAAGAUAGUUGCUGUGGGUCCGGAGGGCUCCAUUCUGAUUGGAUCAAAUGAAAAUAAGACUUCUUAUGAAGUGGAAGGCAUUGGAUACGACUUUAUCCCAACAGUGUUGGACAGAUCUCUUGUUGACAUGUGGUAUAAAUCGACUGAUAUGGAGACGUUUACCAUGUGUCGCAAGCUGAUCAGAGAAGAGGGCCUUCUUUGUGGUGGCAGCUCUGGCUCGGCCAUGGCAGCAGCAGUGAAGAUGGCUCAGCAGCUGGAGGAGGGACAGCGCUGCGUGGUCAUCCUGGCAGACUCUGUCCGCAACUACAUGUCAAAGUUCCUGAAUGACAAUUGGAUGUGUGAAAAGGGCUUCCUCAGCCCAGAUGAGCCAAUGGACCUCAAACCCUGGUGGUGGAACAUGACGGUCCAGUGUCUGAAGCUCUCUGCCACCUUCACUGUGUUACCGUCUGUGUCCUGCCAGAAAACCAUCGAGAUCCUGAAGGAAAAAGCCUUCGACCAGGCCCCAGUCGUCGAUAAGUCAGGGUAUAUCUCUUCAAAAGAAUGUUUGAUUGUUUUCAUACACAACUUUGUUUUUAUCUG